AUGGCCAAAUCAUCAGUGAAUGAGGAACAACUUCGUUCCGAGAGCCACGACCUCUUUAUAGUGGUGGCCAGUGUCCCUACAUUAGCUCGAUCUAGCGAAAGACUUGAGAAGUUUGACCCGGCACAGUUCAGAGCCAUCAUAGUAGAUGAAUGUCAUCAUGCUGUCAGCAAAUCAUACCUAAAGAUCUUUAAAUGGUUUGGGUGUGAUAAGGGUGAAGCAAAGUCACCUUUCCUCUUAGGAUUCUCCGCCACGUUGCAACGUCAUGACAAGAAACCACUACGCAGAGUGUUUGACGAGAUUGUCUACGAAAAAAGCAUGAUAGAAUUAGUGGAUGAGGGAUAUUUGGUUGAUUGCGAUUGGAAAAUGGUGGAGGCACGGUUCAAUUUGUCAUCUGUAGAAGUUGGGUAUGAUGGUGAUUAUAAAUUGAACUCUUUGGCCAAACAUGUUGAUACAGACGAUAUUAACGAAUUGGCUUUAAAGACCUACAAAUUCUUUGAAAGGAAAAGAAAGUUGCAAUCUACUUUGAUAUUCUGCUGUAAUGUUGAGCACAUGGAGAAUUUGGGUAGAUUAUUCCGAAUUAAUGGCAUUGAAGCUCAGUACGUGACUGGUAAUACCAAGAUGUUUGAGAGAUCACAUAUUGUAGAUGAUUUUAAAAGUGGAGACAUUAAGGUCCUUAUUAAUUGUGGAGUGUUCACUGAAGGUACGAAUCUUCCGAAUAUUGACUCAAUUAUGCUGCUUCGACCAACCAAAUCGCAACCUUUGCUUACACAGAUGGUGGGGAGAGGAUUAAGAUUACAUGAAGGAAAGGACAAAUGUUUGGUAGUUGAUUUUGUGGAGAGUAAAGAUACUGGAUUGAGUUUAAGUGGAGACUUAGGAGGUGUUAAUGUUGAGAAUUCCAUAGGUAGCUUAUUUUCAGCCUAUGACGGAGGACAUCAGGGAAGAGGACUUGACGAGCCACUAGAAAAGCAGCCCGAUUAUAUUGAGUUCAGAACAUUUGAGGGAUUUAAGGAUUUAGUAAAGAAUUGGGAAAAGGAAAACGAGACAAGCGGUAAGAGGAUCCAGAACGACGUUUACCAACGAUUGAUAAGCGCUAAGGAUGCAUGGAUUCAAACUAGACAAGAUUCAUGGGCAUUAAAGAUGAAUGAUAAUCAUUACUAUAGAAUUGAUGUGGAUAGGAAAAGACAGAUUGUGAAAUUGAUCUACGUUUCGAUGGUCGCUAAGAUGAAUUCGGCGAUAUUGAAUGGAAAAGGAAGGUAUGUGAGGAUACCAUAUAAUAAGGAGAUCAUGGAGUCCGACAAUGUGGAAGAGGUGCUAAAAAAGAUGAAGCAAGAGAUGGAAGAGAAUGGGACCAAAAAAGAAAUGUAUGAAGCAGAGAACAACAGACGUUUCUUCUUUGGGAAGGGAAAAAUUACGAAGAAACAAUACACCUUUUUAAUGGGAGCCAUGGAAGGAACUGUCAAUCCCAGUAAACAUUGUCGAGUGGAUCUAGACAAGUUUAAAGAGGCUGUUGGAAAGGAAUUACAAGCAUUGAGCAAAUUUGAAGCAUCCAAUUUAAUAUUUGCAUACACGAUCUCUCGGAGAAAGGCACUAGAGGUUUGGGCUACUAAAAAGGUUUUGAGUAGUCGAGAAAAAAGAAGAAAGGUGAUGAAAAUAACGUCUAUUACCUAUGGAAGGAUAUAA